CGGGCUCUCACCAGCGAGGCUUGUGUUAGGCUCGGAGUGAGUUUCACUUCUAGUAUGCAGUCUCCAGAUUUCGCCCAAAAGUAUGAUGGCCAUGGGGCCAGCAAUGCGACGCUUCUUGGUUCACAAAUCAUUGCGCUACGUCCAGGGCUUCCGUAUUGCGCAUAUAUAAACCAGCUUCAGCACCACCUCCCUCUCAGCUCGCACACCAUCCAUCUUCACCCUGCAAACUUUUCAAUAUCUAACUAUGCAGUUCCUAUCCACCUUCAUCAGCCUAAUGGCGUACAUUUCUUUUGCCACGCACAUUGUUGCCAGCCCACACAAGGUCGACCCCGCCCCACUUUCCAAAGUUUUUAUAAUGAAGCAAACAAUGGACUAUUCCCAAGGCUCUUUGCCCAUCUACGCCCCAGAUGGCACCGUUGUUUACCGUUUCGUGAGGAACAUACUCGACCCUAUCACAGGGUUCACCACCAUUUUACUCGAUCACCCAGCCACGCACGUAUCGAUCGUAUUGCAAGGGGUAAAUAAUCUCUGCGCUCACAAGACAACUUACACCCAAUUGGACUCCGGACCACAAAAAAUGCAAUUUGAAAUUGACCCUAAUGGUCUGCUCAAAGACCAGUGGUCCUUUAGCUAUCUCGAUACCACCGGCACGCAACAAAACUUCAAGUUUGACAGAAACUACGCGAGCAAAGAGGGAGAAAUUCACCACCUGGUUAAGAACCAAGAUGGCGACCUGGUAGCCGAGCUCAGAAAUCAAAAGCGGACGGAUUCCUGGUUGACCACCCCAUCAGUACACGAGGUUGACACCUAUACCCUUUCAUGUACCGAGGACUCUCCACAGGUUGAAUUGGUCAUGCUGAUGGGUUUAGUUAUGAGCCGAGUCCAUGAUUGCGGACUUUAAUGCUCAAAUUCCUUGCUAUCUAACCACACUUGAAUUAAGUUUCUGUCAACCAUCUCGUUCAAAUUCGAUAAUCUCUCAUCAAACUUGAGUAGCUUCCUUCAUUUUCUUGUAUCGGAACUCUUCACUACUGUGUUUUCUUUUCUCUCUUUCAUUUGCAGCUCAAUUUGUCUGUUGAUUCUUCAUCACAUAUAACACGUAGUCCAAAGUAAAA